AUGUUGCUAGUUCGAGUGGAAUCUCAAUUCUGCUAUGGGAUAUCUCAAUAUGAUCGAUGUUCAUCGAAUAGUGCUUGUGCCUGUUUCUAUAUCGCAGGUGCUAUUGAUACUGGUAUUUGUAGUGAUGAAUUCGUCGAUUGUUCUGAACUAGUUACAUGUGAACAGCCAGACAACCUUUGUCAUGAACCUAAACAUAGAUGUGUUCAUCAUCCUCGAUGUCGCAAUCUUCCUGUUUGUUAUCCAGCUCCGAGUUUUAAUCAACAACUUUGUCCACCGAUAGCAAGUAAGAAAAUACUCAGUGAUCUAUAG